CCCCGGCAGCCUAUGGGGCGGGCCAGGACGUGGGUCUCCUCCCCCUUCCUCUUUAAAUCGGGCGCCCGGACGCCUGGGUCCACCCUGCGCUGCGAGGGGGCUGCGGGAAGGGGGGACGCGAUGCCGGCGCCUUACACGCGGAUCCUGGGCCUUGGAGCCUCCUCUCUCAGAUGUUGGUCUGUAGCCCCAGUGCGCUGGGCGCAUGCCCCACGGGUGCUCCACGGGGACCUGGGCAAACUUUCGAGCCAGGUGAAGGAGUUUGUGGACCACGGGGUGCGACUCUGCCAGCCGGACAGCGUCCACAUCUGCGACGGCACUGAGAAGGAGAACGUCAAAAUCUUGAACUACCUGGAGUCCGAAGGCGUCAUCAAGCCAUUGGGGAAAUACGAGAACUGCUGGCUAGCCAAGACCGACCCCAAGGAUGUGGCACGAGUGGAGAGCCGUACGGUCAUUGUGACGGAAAACCAGAGGGACACAGUGCCCAUUCCUGCGCCGGGGGUCAAAGGGCAGCUGGGCAACUGGAUGAACCCCCAAACAUUCAAGGGAGCAGUGGACGAGCGUUUUCCUGGCUGCAUGAAAGGCCGCACCAUGUACGUCAUCCCCUACAGCAUGGGGCCCAUCGGCUCGCCCCUCUCCAAGAUCGGCAUCCAGCUCACGGACUCGGCCUACGUGGUCGCCAGCAUGCGGAUCAUGACCCGGAUGGGCACAGCCGCUCUCCGCACACUCGGCGACGGGGAGUUCGUCAAGUGCUUACAUUCGGUGGGGCGACCUUUACCCCUGGAAGAUGAAUUGGUGAACAACUGGCCUUGCAACCCCGAGAAGACCCUCAUAGCGCAUGUCCCAGAACGCCGAGAAAUCGUCUCCUUCGGCAGCGGCUACGGGGGCAACUCCCUCCUGGGCAAGAAAUGUUUCGCCUUGCGCAUCGCCUCUUGCAUUGCCAAAGAUGAGGGCUGGCUGGCAGAACAUAUGCUGAUCCUGGGACUCACAAACCCAGAGGGGAAGAAGAAGUAUGUGGCCGCAGCCUUUCCCAGCGCCUGCGGAAAGACCAACUUGGCCAUGAUGAACCCCACACUUCCCGGCUGGAGGGUGGAGUGCGUGGGGGACGACAUUGCGUGGAUGAAGUUCGACAGUGACGGCCGUUUGCGGGCCAUCAACCCCGAGAACGGCUUUUUUGGGGUGGCGCCCGGCACGUCCACCAGAACCAACCCCAACGCCAUGCACACCAUCCAGCGGAACACCAUUUUCACCAACGUGGCCGAGACCAGCGAAGGGGGAGUCUACUGGGAGGGCAUCGAUCAGAUGAUCCCCGCGGGAGUGACCAUCAGCACCUGGCAGGGCAAGCCGUGGAAACCAGGUGACGCGGGGCCGGCUGCCCACCCUAACUCACGCUUCUGCGCGCCAGCGCGCCAGUGCCCUAUCAUGGACCCGGACUGGGAGUCCCCCAAGGGGGUCCCUAUCGAUGCCAUCAUCUUGGGGGGCAGGAGACCUGCAGGUGUGCCCCUGGUGUACGAAGCCUUCAACUGGCGCCACGGCGUCUUCGUGGGCAGCGCAAUGAGAUCGGAAUCCACCGCAGCCGCUGAACACAAAGGCAAGGUCAUCAUGCACGACCCCUUUGCCAUGCGCCCGUUCUUCGGCUACAACUUUGGCCGCUAUCUGGAGCACUGGCUGAGCAUGGAGGGCCAUAAGGGAGUCCGCCUUCCCAAGAUCUUCCAUGUCAACUGGUUCCGGAAGGAUGCGGCCGGGAACUUCUUGUGGCCGGGCUUCGGGGAGAACUCCCGGGUCCUCGACUGGAUCUUCCGCCGCGUCGACGGAGAGGAGAGCGCCAAGGAGACGCCCAUUGGCUACAUCCCCAAAGAUGGCGCCUUAGACCUGACAGGCCUCAGCAAGGUGAACUACCAGGAGCUUUUCUCACUGCCCAAGGAAUUCUGGGAACAAGAAGUGAGGGAAGUGAGGCAGUACCUGACGGAACAAGUGAACGAGGACCUGCCCAAGGAAGUGAUGAAGGAACUGGAAGCCUUGGAAGCCCGGGUGAAGAAGAUGUGAGGCACCUGGAAAGGGAACACACCUGCUCUCCGGAAAAAAAGAGACCAAAGACACACACCCUGCACCUCCUGUGGGAGAUGGAGGAGAUGACAGGGAGCUUGUUUACAAAAUGUCCCUUCCCCACUUCUUUCCAGCUACGCCUCUCUGGCCAUUCAGGAGACGGCCAUCUUGUUUCCUUGGUCAUGAGGCGGCCAUCUUGCCCUCUAGGAAACAUGAGCCGCAUACUGCUUUCUUUAUUUUCUUGAUCUGCUUUGCUUCCCCUUUCCUUUGCCACUAUCCUCCUCUGGUUGUAGGGUGGAAGUGACCCGCCAUCUUGUUCCACCAGCUGCCCGUUGGUUCUCGUUUGGGCCUACGUUCCGUGUCUGUGUGCCAUCUUUGUUCUCGAGUGGCUCUUGACCUUUCGUAGAAUGCCUUUCCCUCCUUCUAGAGAAAGACUUUUACAUUGCAAAAAAAGAUGAUGGAAAGCCUUUUGGGGAAAGGGACACCCCAGGCUAGCUUGCGGCACGUCCUCAAAUCUUAACUUGCUGCCUCUAACGCAGCUUUGGGUUACGGAUGUGGAACCAGUUGUUCGCCAGCCAGGGUGCAGCGGAAGCUGUACUGCCAAUAGGUCUUCAAAGGAGAAGUCAUGUCUUUAACGCCGAGAAGCUUUUGCCCCUUCAAAUUUUGCUGGACUACAACUCCCAUCAUCCCUGGCCAUUGGUCACACCGGCUGUGGCUUAUGGGGGUUGGAGUCCUGCAAUGUCUGAAGUGGCUCCCCUUUCGCCACCCCUGCCUUAGUAGAACCUCAGGACCAGCCUUCCUAUAUGGUAGCUCUAACUGAAUCAUAGAACUGUAGGGACCCCAAGGGUCAUCUAGUCCAACCCCCCUGCAACGCAGGAGUCCCAGCUCAAAAUCCCUGACAGAUAGCCAUCCAAGCUACUUAGAAGCCUCCAGUGAGAGACCUGAACAAGUAAGUGCUAAUCCUUUGCUUCUAGGCCAUUGCUAACACUUGACACCAACUGGAACACGACGGAGGCCACAUCCAUGAAUUUGCCUAGCCUCUCCUCCUAUUUCUUUCGGUUGAUAAACAAACUUAUGAUGCUGCCUUAGUCUGACCCGUUAGCCUUAUCUUAUCCACCGACAGUUAGUUGUUUUUGAGAGCCCUUGGAGAGAAGCCUUUGCUGAUCAGCGAGGGAUGCCAGGAUUCAUCCCGGGGACCUCUUAGCACACACGCCACUGAGCUAACGUGGCUCCUAUGAAUGUACUAUGCUCCCUCGGGAAUCCGUUCCGCGAUCUUUUUAGCUGGCGUGAGGUUUCAUGCCACCGCCUGCCCUUCCUCCCAAAAAACCCUUGGCUGUUUAAACCCACAUUUCCCCCUCUUUCGGACCUCCUUUACAUUGGCUUACUUGAACAUCACACAUAAGGGACCAAUCUCAUGAGGCCCGUAAGAUAUUGUAGGGCAUUUGACAACAUCAUACUUUAACCACCCAGUAUGUGGUGCUUCCCGCUGGAUUUAUGGUUUGUAAAUCAGGAAAUGGGGAAGAAGGUUUCGACGGUUCUUCCGCGCUGGAGAGCAAAUUUUUGCACUUCAAAUGUGCACAAGAAUGUAAGGAGAGCCUGCUGGAUCACCCCAGUGGCUGAUCUCCUCCAGCAUCCUGUUCUCACAGCAGCCAAUCAGAUGGCCCUGUGGUGGGCGGGAUCCCACAAACAGGAGUACCCUACCCUCCUCUGGGGUUUUUUGGGUUUUUUUUGAGCCCAAGACGCCAAUUGCUGUUUCGGUUCCAAGUUUACCAGAGUUGUACUUUGUACAAUCAGCCUCUGAUCCCCACACUUAUCUAGCUUCAAACCUGCGAAUGGGGUGUGUGAGGCGGAAUGCGACUAAACCAUCAAGCUCAUUGCCAAAACCAUAAUUUUGUUGCCUGCCUAAGUGAAGCGGGCAACACCCAUUUGGAGCUUGAAUCCUCUCUCUGUGUGUUGUGGGGGCUGCGAAGUCAGAACGUUUCACGGCAUGAUGGCAACUCGGCCCAGUCCGUUUUCUGAAAGCCCAACAAGCCUUAUUACUCAAUCUCCACCAUCAUCUCCAGCACAGCAACCGUUCCAUACCAAAAAAAAUGGUUCUACCCAACUUCAGAUUUGCUCGUUCCCCAGAAAGUAGUUGUCUGCCAAGUAGGUGUGGGACAAUUAAAUUCCCGAGCAAACAAGUCAGCCUUCUCCGGAAGACUUAUACUGUACGCCCAUGUUGGCUUUUGGGUAAAUUAACAACUCAGAGUCAAACUUUAUAGUUCACCCACCCAUCAGACACCAGCCAGAGAGAGUUCUGGUCCUGGAUUGGGGAGAUGCUGAAUCGAAUCUUUCCUCCAUUACGUUGCUCAUGGCAGAGCCUCUGAUGAAACUACUCUCAGCCUCACCUACCCCGCAGGGUUGUUGUUAGGACAUGUGAGAUAAGAACAGCAUCCUUUGUGGGCUAAAAUAUGCUACUCAAGUUAAACUUGUUGCCCGCCUUUGGUUUUAUAUUUGGUCAAGGUUUCGGUUCCCCGUGGCCAUAACUCCACCAUCGACCUUCUUCAGAAUUCAGCUAGGACACUGUUUACCUAACUUGCUCUGUCUGUCUCAACAUUCGAUUGCUAACAUUCCCCACCGGAGCAUUUAGAAUUACCGUGAACAUUGAGUGACAUCACAGCAGUGCAGCCAAUAGCUAGAGGAGGUUUUUGCACGCAACAAGGCAGCUUUUCGCCUAUUACACAUAUUGGGAUGUCUGAUGAGAGAAGUGAGUUACAUGACGUGAGUCCUCACUCACCAAACAGCCAUGUGAGUCUGUUACAGCAAAUAAUUCCGCCUGCUGGUUAUCAGAUAUGGUGGGUUGUUGUUGUUCUUGUUUUAACUGGUGCUCAGUAUUAUAAUUUUAAUUUCCCCCCUCUUCUUUACAUUCCUAUAUGUGGGUUACAGUUGGGAGAAUCACCCCCUCUGUUGUUCUGAAUACACUUUGCCUACAUUUCAGGGAAUUAACAUAUGCAAAUGAUUAAUGGGGUUUUAUAUUUCUUCCCCUCCAUCCCUGGUAGAAGUGACAGUCUUUCAGGGGGGUGUUGGGGAAAGUAAGCAAGGAGGGCAGAAAAGAAGGAAAAUUGGGUAUGGCUACACUUUUACUGGUGGAAUUUCGACCAGAAGUGAGGCAGCAACUGGAAAGAAACUUGGAGUGUGAGCUCGCUAUUUGACUGCAGCUUAAUUUUUUAUUUUUUAACACACACCCAAUCAAAUCAAAUGCACAUUAUUCUGUUAAUAACAAACAUGAAUGAGAAUAAAAAUAUCAACAAAUAAAUGGAAGCGAGCGUUUUAAA